CCGGCAGCAACCCAGAAACCCAUGGAUACUACCCCAGGAGCGGAUGCGGUGACUCCGGAGGAGGCACCGCAAGAACCGCCGGACAACCGGAGCGGAGGCAGCGGAGAUACCGCCGCCGACGUUUGCAGUCUGGAUGGCGCUGCAAGCAUCGCUUCCGAAAUUAGUGGCUGCGACACGGACGCCGCCACGCACUGCAGCAACGAAAGCGGCGGCGCCCCAUCACGAGAGCCGGGUGAGCCCGACGGCACUUCGGUAAGCUACAACGUGGCCUCCUCGGAGGCUGCCAGCACCGAGUGCUUCGCCAGCACAAGCCGCAGCUCCCCGAGCGUCAGCGCUGGAAGAGCUAGCGCCCUGGGCGUUGCCGACGCUAGCGGCAGCGUCGGGAGCGGCGAGUACGGUGACACCGGAGACGGCGCAACUGAUGUCGUUGCGAGCUGCGCUACUCUAGUUGCUGCUGGAGCCGGUAAUGUGGAUACGGGGGACGCCGGAAGUGCCGACACUAGUAAAGCCGACGUUGGUAGAGCUGCCGCCUGCGGUAACGGUACCGCCAAAAACGUCGCCGGUGCAAGUUGCGAGACUGGAUGCGGUGGCGUCGAAACACGCGCGAGCGAGGACGGCGGUACCGGAGAAGCCGGCGCUGGUGUCUCUGCGAGCUGCCCCACUCGAGUCGACGGUACCGGACGCGGCGGUGCCGAGACAGGAGUCGUCGGAAGCGCGACCCCAGGGAAUGCCGAGUUUGGUGGGGUCACCGGUGACGAGGCGGCUGCUGGUGCCGGCACCGGCAGCGCCCGGAGCGUCGCCGGCAGGACUGCUGCGGCCCGCGUUGAGCCCGCAGCGGUUCCAUCGUCGGUGCACUACGGCGUCUACGUGACCAACAUACCGCUGGACGUUGAGGACGACCAGCUGAGGUUGCUCUUCGAGCCUUACGGAAAGGUGCUUCGGCUGAAGCUGGUCAGGCGCCCGGAGUACACGAGCUUCCUGUUCGCGUACGUGCUGCUCGACUCGGACGACAACACCAAGCGCGCCAUCCAUGAGCUGGACGGCACCGUGCUCAACGGGCAGCCCCUCAAGGUGGAGUCCACGUUCGGCCGCACCACGCACAUCUUCGGCAUCGGCGAAGGCACGCCGUACAACCGCAGUCGCGCAGAGCUCGAGCAGUGGAGACAGAACCGAGAUGCCCAACAACGAAACGGCAAUCGCGACAGACAGCCGCGUAACGACUAUCAGUGGCGAAGGGGCUUCAACGACCGCAGCAAUUACGGAGACCGGAGGUUCGGGGACCGGGACUACAGGGAUCACCGCUACGGCGACCGCUUCAACAACGACCGUCGAGUCGGUGGCGCCAACCGUUUCGACAGCGGCAGCGGAAACCGUUCCAGCGGCGGCAACGACCGCCACGGCGGCUACCGCCACAACAACUACAACAAUCAAGGUCGGCACAACAACCGCUACGACAACGACGGCUGUCGCGGUUUCGCCAGAUUUCAGCGGAAUGGAUUCCAGGGAGACGGUGGCGGCGGUCACUGGCAGCACGGUUAUCGCUCAUCCGGAGGUCGUAACCAGGGAGGCUACAGGUCGUCAGAUGACGGGCAAAGACACCAGUACGGCCACUACCAGGACCGUUACGGUGGCGACUUCUCCGGUCGCCGCGGUGGAGGCGGUAACGACGGUGGCUACGGGCACGACGGCUACGGACACGGGGGCAACCGUGGCGGCGACGACGACGGCUACGCCAGCAGCUACGAACGUUGCCAGGAGGCGAGGCGCAAGAUGCGCGAAGCGUGGACCAGGCGUUUGGAACGCCUGGCCGCUGAGGGAGAUGACGGGGAAGAACGGCCGACGUUUGACGAGCUCCUGGAGUUGGUCAGGCACGCGCCUUACAACCUUCCCGUGCGCGCCGACGAUAUCGACGACGAAAACGAAGAGUACGCCGAGCAGCCCGUUUUUUGGUGGUCCCGCGACUCCAUCGCAGGGGGUGGUGGCGAUUACUUCGGGCCGGAGCAAGCGCCUCGCUCCGUUCCCGAGCUUCUGCGCUGGCGGCACGGAGAGGAGGCGGUCGCGCAUGCCUUCAGCAACGCGGACGGCGAAGAGAGCGAGGAAGACGGAGACGUUUGCUUGAUCGUAGACGGUGACGCCGACAGCGAGCGGCGUCCCCGAAGCCCGCCACACGAAGACUGCUUGUCCGCAGUCCCGGAGCAGCGCGACAGCGGAGGCCAGGACAUUGCGGGAGCCACCGUUGACGCCGCUUCUGGAGGCGGAGACGAGGAGGGCGGCAAGCACGACGAAGAAGCGCGCUUGACACAAGGUGACUGGACGGUUUCUGUCAAACAGCACGUAGGUGAAGAGCGACAGCCGAGGGCUGACAAUGGUUCAGAAGACAAGCUCGCGGAAGGAAAGAAGGCCGGCGAAGAGAGCGCCUCUUGCGAGGAAGAAAGCAUCGGGCAUAGUGCGGCGACUUCCAGUCAUGGCAGUGUCGCGGGGGACGGAGACGUUUCGGAAAACACGUCCGUCGGUCCCUUUUCCACUGUGGGCUCGUCGGGCGACAUCUCCGUCAACUUUGGCGACCUAUCAGCCAAUGACAACAGUGAAGGACCGGCCGAAGACACGCUGCAGAGCGAAUUGGCAUCUGGACGUUCCCUCUCGCCUCCCGGGCACUUUUCUCGCUUCACAAAAAACGCGGAGGGCAACGAUGGGGGCGGGCAGUCGCAGGGACAGCAGCCGUUGCCGCAGGCUGACGACGGGCGUAAGGACGCUGAUACCGCGGAGAAGCCAUCGCGCAGUACCUCGAUCACCAACGACGGAGCGGGCAAGGGUCGAGGAUCCUCGAUGGACACGAAAGAUGUCACUGAAGAAGCGUUCGAGAACGCAAUCAGCGAGGCUGCUACAGCUGGCUCUACUUUCAAUGACUUAGCCGACGCCGAGGAGCACCAUAUGGUAGUGGUCUCGGAGGCCAAAUCCGGCAACUCUGAGAAAAACUUGAGCGUCGCGGCCAAGCUGCAAUGCAGCGUCGAGGCGACGCAAAACGAGAGUCUGCGAUGCCACGAUUGCCCAAGGCAGCGCAGAGUAGGAAUCUCGGCUACAACCAGCAUCGCGGACAGGAUGGCGGCGGCAUCGUCGUGGAACAGGGCGCAGCGGGCCGCCGCAGUGAAGGCGGGCGCCGAGGACUACGAGAACGAGACAGAGGAGGAUGGAAGCGACUACACUUCUGACGAGGAGUCCUUCUGCACGGCGAUCAUUGUGCGCAUGAAGAACGCGAGGAACGCCGUCCACUUGGCGGCGCGGCCAAGCGCUGCGGCGACUGAAUCCAAGUCUGUUCAAGAAAUAGAAAAGCAGGACUUGCCGCGUGAGCCCCCGGCGGCGAAAGUCAUCUCCGAACUCAUGAUGUCAAAAGAUAGCGGUGACGUUCCCUCACAGACGGCGGCUAUGAACUUUUUCGGUCUCGAAAUUGGUCAGUCGUCGGAGAGUAUCGCUGCCCGCGAAGCCCCAGCCCAGACCGACCUACGUUACAAGGAGGAAGCACCAAUCGCGGGCGGCGAAAAGGCAUCCAAUCUGGACAAACCCGAAGGUGGUGUCAGCGACGAAAUGCGCGCUCUGGUGCUGGACGAAACGGAAGGCGGCGGCAGAGCGGCAAAUAUGGCGGCCGCAGGUUUUGGCCGAGGAGCGAAGCCUAAAGGGACGCGUGUCUUCCAGCGCGCGAAGCGACGCCAACGACAGAACGUCGCCGAGAGUGUCGCGCGAUGGGUGCCGCCGGAUCAGACUUUGCGAAACGUUGCGCACGACGGCGUUGACGGCGGGGACGGGUCUGGCGCGCCCGGGCGUCGCAAGGAACAUCAGCAGGAGGCGGGUGCGGUUGAUGACGGCGUCCAGGAUGUCCGCGCACGCGAGUGCGGUGCCCGAAGGGCUCUGCGCCGCAAGCGCGACUUCGAAGACGACUCUGAAACGGACGAUGAACUGUCCGACUCGGAGGUCGACGACCGGAUGCGUCGAGCUUCUCGUUGGGUCAGAGUCGGCGAAUAUAAUGCACCGGACGCAAGCGAGGUCGAUCGCCGGGCGGAGGCGGCAGCAGCGGACGUUGAGGACGGAAUGCUCUCAGUUGGCGGGGGCUGCGCCGAGGUCGCGGCGACGAAGAUGCAAGAGGGCUUUCCGAUUGAGAACUCCGCCGAGGACGACGGCGCUUCGAAGGGAACCGGCGGGCCGACAGGCCGAGAACCGGAGUGCGGCGGCGAUGUGGUGCUCGAAGCGAACGGCCGAGGAGGUCCCGGAGAGGAUGACCCUGAGGCAGAGCCGGCGAUGACAUCGGACGGCUUUGAAGAGGGCGCCCAAGAUGGCGUCGGCGGCGCGCAACAGACGACUGCGGCCGAACAAGGGGCGGCGCAGAGUUCAUGUGCCGCCGGCGACUCGAGCGAGACGGGACGCCGCGACGCGGUCGAUACGAGACGCCCUUCUCGCGCUUCGCGCCGCGGCGAAGAAAUUGAAUGCGAGCCAAGUGACGACGGCCAGUAGUAGUCGCAGCGCCAUUGCGUUUACGCACGGCCGCGCUUCCCCCUGCUCGCAAGACGCGAGCGCGAAGUGGGCUGCGUGCACUUAUUCCCUGCGAUGGCGUCGAAGGCAAAAGAACAGAGAGAAAAAAAAAAAAUGACUUUUGGCAAGCAGGCCUUGGAGAGCCGCCGUUAUUCUUUGGGCUGUCUAUACCCAACCAGCGCAAUCUUUUUCUUCUUUGAUCCCCUUGUUUGUACGGGGCAUAAGGCACAGAGCCGCCUUUUCAUUCCGUCCAUUUGCGAUAUCGUGAUGUUCAUUCUCCGAGGAAAGUUAUUAUAAUCGAGGUCCACUGCAUUUCGGCGGGUUGCAUGCCGAGUCUGGCCAUCAUGCCAUUGCAGAUUUCUUUGUUUGUUUCUUUUGUUCGUUUGCUUGCAUUUGAAUAAAAAAGGAGCUCCUUGAGGGCAA